AUGUCAAGGGCAGGAGGAGAGCUCGCAAACCCCUCAAGGUCUCUAGAUGUGGAUGCUGUUGUCACCUCAAGAUCGAACUCGAGGGCCUCAGCUCGUUCUACCCCACUCUCAAAGAACGAUCCGCAUUUCGCCUCCAGGUUUGAGCGACUUGACAGCCCAAGUCAAAGUGAAGACUCCGGCAAGCAGAGCAAGAAUGUGAGGAAUGCUUCAGAAGACAGGAUCAUGUUGAAGAAGUUUUUGUCUGAUGAGCCCAAGAAGAUAGCUGAUGAGCACAGAGACAAGAAGUCAUUACAAGGAAGGGAGAAAGUGAACGAGCUGAUCGCAACAGCAUCCUGGUCGGCCAUGGAAGGGAUCGGCAUGCUGUUUCGUGGGGCUGCAAGUGAAGAUACGAUCAGAGGAUGGAAGGACAUUGCGAAGAGGAGCUAUGUCCGACAGGGGAUACUUAACGCCACACGCAAGACAGUGGACAGAUCUUACCUGCUGCAGAUCCCAAACGUCCACGCGUCUCAAGAUCAGCUUGUCAAGACCAUCGAGAGCAUCUCGAGCUUCAUCUACGACCUCGACCACUUGAUCAAGGUCGGGCCCCUUCACCGCCGCCGGGUCGUGGAGCUCGGAGGCGUGGCGGUGCUGGUUUCGACCUGUCCUUUCAUACAGGAUGAAGAGCUACUGCUGCGAUGCGUCAGGAGCCUGGCGAACUUGUCUUUGGACUCGGAGACGCGGAGGCUGAUGGUGCUAGAGGACAGCGGGUGCCUGAAGGUGCUUGCCGACGUCAUCUGUGCCCCCCACCGCCCAGAUGUUCUUGAGAGCUGCUUGAGAGCAUUUUACCUCCUAGCAAGCGAGGAGGAAGCAGGGAGGCAGAUGGUUGGUCUUGGAGCCCUCAACGCCGCAUGCACCCUGUGCGCCAAGGUCGGGUCGAGACACCUUGGGGUCCUGCGAGGGGCGUGUGCGCUGCUGUCAAGGCUUGCGAGGGACGCAGCGUGUCUGGAGGCGAUGACGAGCAAGGGCAAUCAACUGCUGAACGCUCUCUUCCGUGUUGUGAGGAUCUGCCCUGAUGCUCUGGUAUGCGGUGCAGCUUGCAUCGUUCUCUCAGCUGUAUGCAAGGGGCCGAAUCGGAUCCUUAUGGGACGACACAAGAACCUCGACGCCCUCGUGCUGAUGCUGGAGCGGGAAGUGCUUCCCGACGCCUCCAUGUUCCAGGAGGGCGACUCUGCUUCCCAGUCCACCUUCUCGAGGAGGCUGUCGGGCUUCAACCACCUUGUUCCAGCCUGCACUCUGAUCACUCAGCUCAGCGUCGUGCAGGAGAAUCGAAACAGAUUCAUCUCGUUGGGAAUCGCACACCCACUUAUCGCCCUCAUCCUGUCGAGGCUGAAUGACAAGGAGUCAUCCGAGGCUGCCAAGUCUGCGAUCAAGAGCAUUGAGGACAGUAGCGGAGUACAUAUCGCAGACUCUGAACCUGUCGGCCAACUCCUCGCUCGGUUGCUCUACUUCCUCUCCUUCUUCCCUUCAGUGACUCAGAGCAAUCCCAGGGAGCUCCAGCGCGCAGUCCCUCAGCGCUCCAUCGCUCGCCAGGAAGCUUGCGGGCAAGACGCAGGAGCACUGGAGGCGGAGGAGCUGAAGCUCCGACCCAAUGUGGUCCAGCUGCUGAAUCGAUAUUUGUUCGAUCAGAACCAUCUACGGCAGCAGGUCUUCACUGCGCUUCCUUCCGUGUUUGGAUGCUCUGAGAGAACUUACCUCGGCCAGCAACAGCAGGUGCUCAAGGACGAUGCGGAUAAGGAGGAUGAAGAGUUGUUCAGGGUCCCUCCCCCUCCCCCCCCUCGUCCAGAUCACGGGACUGUGAAGGCCCCGACACCUUUGGAGCCACCUUCGCUUCCUGCUACUCCCUUCCAGGUCACUCGACACUGCAGCAAACUUCCUCUUGAGCUCUGCAAAAGCCCCGACGCCCACCCGAGUGAGGCGAGCUCAGUAGCUCAAACUCCAGACCUCGACGAUUGGGCGGUGGCAGUAGCAGCGACGCCCCUCGAGCCUCUCUCCCUCCCUCAUUCCCCAGCGCCUGAGGACUGGAAUGCCGUCACUGCCGACUCUCCUGCUGAGCCCGAGUCUGCUCCUUACACACCAGUCAUGGGGUCGCGAGACUUUCUUAUGGAUCGUGCCAAGUCACCCGGCGAAGUUUUCUCAGCUCCCGUCACUCCCGACGUGCAGGACUGGAUGGCCAUCUUGGCUCCUACUCCGCCGCCUGUUCGCUCGCAUCCUCGAACGCCAGGUGGACUUGCUCGAUCGCAGCAGCUCGUGAUAGUGAUGGCAGCUGUGGUGCGAUCGGGAGGGAAGCCCUUGUCAGCUGACGCGAAAGCGUCUGAGGCCAUCAGGGAGAUGGAGGGCGUGGCGCUGCCUUCGAUGUCACUGGAGAAAGCUGAAGGUCGAAGACCUCCGGAAGCUGCCGCGGGGGCUGGCGACGGGACUCUCCUCCACAGAGCGGAUCAAGAGAUCCAUCGGCCACAGAGGCCGCCUGCUCCUAGACUGAUCGUCGUCCCGCCUGAUGCUAGUGUACAUGGCCAGCGCCCGGGAGUCCCAACCUUGCAGAACCUGCCGAUAGAGGAACUGAGACCACAUGGCUCGGGCCUGGGACAGCAGCUCGUUGUAGACCUGGGCAGCAAGGUGCUCGUGAACGGCCUCGGGCAGCUCGAAGAAGCAGAAGAGAGCCGGACGAACUCGUUGCAGACUCUCUCCAGCGAUGCUCCUAUCCACAGGGGCACCUUGGGAAACAUCCGGUGA